AUGGUCGAGCUGUCCGUCAAACCAUCACAGCUCCUCUUCACCACAGCUCCUCUUCAUCACAGCUCCUCUUCAUCACAGCUCCUCUUCACCACAGCUCCUCUUCAUCACAGCUCCUCUUCAUCACAGCUCCUCUUCAUCACAGCUCCUCUUCAUCACAGCUCCUCUUCAUCACAGCUCCUCUUCAUCACAGCUCCUCUUCAUCACAGCUCCUCUUCAUCACAGCUCCUCUUCAUCACAGCUCCUCUUCAUCACAGCUCCUCUUCAUCACAGCUCCUCUUCAUCACAGCUCCUCUUCAUCUCAGCUCCUCUUCAUCACAGCUCCUCUUCAUCUCAGCUCCUCUUCAUCUCAGCUCCUCUUCAUCACAGCUCCUCUUCAUCUCAGCUCCUCUUCAUCUCAGCUCCUCUUCAUCACAGCUCCUCUUCAUCUCAGCUCCUCUUCAUCUCAGCUCCUCUUCAUCACAGCUCCUCUUCAUCACAGCUCCUCUUCAUCUCAGCUCCUCUUCAUCUCAGCUCCUCUUCAUCACAGUUUCAACUGUCUCCUGGUUAGCUCGCCGGUCUCCUUAA